AUGUCAAUCGAAUUUGAUCAGCUCCGAGAAUUAUUGCAGCAGCAACAAAAGCAGUUUGAAGAAGCGCAACUGAAGCUCAUUGAAUCACUGACUCAGAAACUGCAUAUCCAGACAGCAGCAGUCAGUACUGGUGAGUCUUCUGUUUCCUCAACUGAUGCAGCCGCGGCCUCAAUUACGGAGUUCACAUUCGACCCUCUUUCUGGUCACACUUUUGACUCCUGGUUCAAGCGUUUCAACGGCACUUGCAAGUUCUCCACUCGUGAUCCUCGACGACAAUCAAAGAUAGCGCUUUACAAGAGACCGGUGGCCAAUGGUGUACGACCUGGACCAGUGAACCGCGUUUUGGAACCAGGAGACUCGUGUAUUGGGCGUAGCACGAAUAGUCACAUUGAUUUUGUUGUCCAGGAACCACGUCCUUCUGGCUCCUCUCGGAAACGUUACGAUCGACGACCAACUGUACCUCAAAAACCUGUAGACUCAUCGACCGCCGCCGAUGCCAUACCCGUCAACGGCAAGUCACUCCAGGACUGCCCAUCUCCCCCUGAAAGUGCCGUUUCUCGCUUCGCGUGCCGUAUUCACAUCGACCGCGAACCACCUCACACGGCGCGCAUCUACGCUGCAGGGUUUGAUGCUGCGAAAAACAUUGUUCUAGGAGGUCACAUGGAUGGCUUGACCACGAAUGGUGUAAUGGUCUUUCACGCCGAUCCCGACUCGAUCACCUCCGAUUCACUGAAUGACAAUGACAUGUGGGCUUACACCCCAACGGACUGCAGUUCUGAUGCGGAGAAGGAUACUUUCUAUCGAGAGCUAUCUGGGCUCAUUCGCCAGGCAAAACGCACUGACAUUGUGAUCCUUGCAGGCGAUUUGAAUGCUCAAGUCGAUGAGGACAAUGUUCUUCGCGAUAAGACGCUUAUCGAUCUGUGCGGAGUGACCUUGUUCUGGCGGUCUGCGUCUAGCUUGUCCCAGACGGCCAACACAGACGAUCUGCGGAUGAUGAUUGACGGCCUCAACCUAGCCCGUUUCCAAUGCCCUAUCAUGUAUCGGACUCUCCGACUCUCGCUUUCCGUCUUCCCAUCCAAAUCGAACAACUCCCUAUUCGCUGACGACGUUCCCACCCAAACAGAGACCCCAUCAGAACCGUACGUUUAUCUCAAUUGUGGUCACGUGCAUGGCUGGCACACGUGGGUGGGAGAAGCUAAUAAAGAUACUGUUGAUCGCACGUGUCCUUUGUGCCUUCAACCGUCGCCGUUCGUCCCUCUCCGAAUGGGCCUGGAACCUGCGUUCUAUAUCGAUCGUGCCUUAGCCACACAUUGUUUCAAUCCUUGUGGACAUAUGGCUUCGGAGAAAACUGUCGUGUACUGGUGUUCGGUCAGUCUACCAAACAUGCACAAUUUUGAGUUACGUCCACGGUGUCCGUUUUGCCUUACUCUCAUCGAUUCGAAACCGGUACGGUUACGCUUCCAAGGCGACACAGAUGCAGAUACACUGGUUCAAUUACUCAACGCUGUGUUGACAGCGAACUCCAGUCCCCCUGAACUGAUGCCCCUUCCGUCACUCGAGCAACCUGUGAUGUCGGCCAAGUACUAAUGGCCCCCACGUAAUCUCAUCAGUUCAAACAAUGUUACCUGUGCCCGAAGGUGUUUCCUAAUCUCGCGCUGUUCGCCUCGUCGUUGCUCAUGCUUUCACUCAUUCAACGGCUCCAUCCACUUCCUUCCUUCAUUCGUACAACAAACCAACUUUCCUUUCCUGUCUGUAUUACCUCUCUGCCCCAGUAUUAUUCUCACUUAUAUUGUUAUUAUGAACAUUAUUAUUGCUAUUGCUAUUAUUUCCUAAUCAGCUGUUCUGUUUCGCG